CAGAGCGUUUUAAAGAAGUCUGAGUUGUUGUUUGUUCUUCUGCUACUUCCUCAUUACUGUCUUUUAAAAAGUGUCUCAUCAGAAAGAAACAAGUCAGACAGAGAAGCCUGGUCAAAGAGUUUCACCCCUCAAGAUGUCUAGAGAAACUAAAGCUGCAGCGGAUUUGAGGGUGAAAUAUGUGAGAGGGGUCCAUGAGGAUGGAAGAGAGAGAGAGCAGAGCGAGGUGGAGGUCUUAGAGGAUGGAGAGCAGCUACCUGAUCUGAGUUUACAAAGAGCUGGAAAACAAACCCAGAAAAACCUCCCAGCUGUGAACAGAAGAGGUUUCAGAGCUUUUGAAGUGAUGCUUGGAGUGAUGUAUCUCCUGAUUCUGGCUGGAGUUGUGAUACGCUAUAUUUCAGUUACUCUGGAAAAAGACCAGCUGAAAAACAAAGUUUCAGCCAACAAGAGCCAGUUACAGGAUGAAGUAAAGAGCCUGAACACAGAGACUCAUGAGCUGAAAACCAACAACAGCCAGUUACAAGAUGAAGUAAAGAGACUGAACACAGAGACUCAUGAGCUGAAAAUCAACAACAGCCAGUUACAGGAUGAAGUAAAGAGCCUGAACACAGAGACUCACGUCCUGAAAACCUACAACAGCCAGUUACAUGAUGAAGUAAAGAGACUGAACAAAGAGACUCAUGAGCUGAAAACCAACAACAGCCAGUUACAGGAUGAAGUAAAGAAGCUAAAAGACGUGAUUGAAGGGAAGUUGUGUCCUGAAGAAUGGAAGAGACUUGGCUGCAGUUGUUACUUUAAAUUCACUGGACAGAAAACUUGGUAUGAGAGCAGGAGAGACUGUCAGAGAAAAGGAGCUGAUCUGGUGACAAUAAACAACAACGAGGAACAGGAAUUUGUCAGAAGUCUGAGCAUGAAUGAAGAGUCCUGGAUCGGUCUACAGAAUACAUGGACAUCUCAACGUUAUGUAUGGAAAUGGGUGGAUGGAUCACCACUGACAGUAACGUUCUGGGCAUCAGGAGAACCACAAUACAACUAUGCAGUAUGUUGCAAUCAACAAGGACAAUGGACAAGCAUAUAUUCCAGUUCAAAUAAAAAGAACUGGAUCUGUGAGAAACACAUUUCCUGCUCCCCUUGAUGAAGGAGGGAUGUACAGUGUUGGGACUGAAUGAAAUCUGACCAAAGAGUCUCUGUUUUCUCUCUUCUGGUUCUGUGUGACAUGAACACAGCCUCUAAUAAAGGCAUUAAUAGAGUUAAACCUUUGUAUCUCUACAUUA